AACUGGAAAGCCCCUUUAAAGCGCGCGUGCGCAGUGGGAGGAGCUUACGGAGAUCCUGACGGAAGCUCUUUUUGUUUGGUCCGCGCAGACACUCGACACUCGCUUUGAUUCCCUCCUGGUUAAACAACCGUUUUAUAUCUGCAUUAAUUUCGGGUGCCUUUUAUGAAUAAUCAAAAGCAGCAAAAGCCAACGCUUACCGGCCAGCGUUUCAAAACGCGGAAAAGAGAUGAAAAGGAGAGAUUUGACCCUACUCAGUUUCAAGAAAGUAUCGUACAAGGCUUGAAUCAUUCUGGCACUGAUUUGGAAGCGGUUGCGAAGUUCCUUGAUGCCACUGGCGCCAAGCUUGACUACCGCCGCUAUGCAGAGACACUCUUUGACAUCCUGGUGGCUGGCGGAAUGCUGGCCCCAGGCGGGACUUUAUCUGAUGACAUGACCCGCACUGAGUUCUGCCUCUUCACGGCACAAGAAGACCUGGAGACGAUGCAAGCUUAUGCUCAGGUUUUUAACAAACUGAUCAGGCGUUACAAGUACCUGGAGAAGGGUUUCGAGGAGGAGAUCAAGAAGUUGCUGCUGUUUCUGAAGGGGUUUACUGAGUCUGAGCGCAACAAACUGGCCAUGCUGACUGGUAUCCUGCUGGCCAACGGCAACAUAUCAGCCUCCAUCCUGAACAGCCUCUACAACGAGAACCUCGUCAAGGAGGGAGUAUCUGCGGCCUUUGCCGUCAAGCUGUUUAAGUCAUGGAUCAACGAGAAGGACAUCAACUCUGUGGCUGGCAGUCUCCGCAAAGUCGGCAUGGACAACAGACUGAUGGAACUCUUUCCUGCCAACAAACGGAGUUGCGAACAUUUUUCUAAGUACUUCACCGACGCCGGGCUGAAGGAGCUGUCCGACUUCGCCCGAAACCAGCAAUCCAUUGACGCCCGCAAGGAGCUGCAGAAGGAGCUCAAGGAGAUGAUGUCACUUGGUGAACCUCAGAAGGAGAUAAUCGUCUACACCAAGGAUGAGAUGAAGAAGGCCGGCAUCUCUGAGCAGGCGAUGAUCAGCAUGAUCUGGACCAGUGUGAUGAAAUCUGUGGAGUGGAACAAGAAGGAAGAGCUGGUGACCGAACAAGCCAUCAAACUAUUGAAGCAAUACAGCCCUCUGCUGAAAGCCUUCACCUCCCAGGGUCUGUCUGAGCUCACCCUGCUGCUGAAGAUUCAGGAGUACUGUUACGACAACAUCCAAUUCAUGAAGGCCUUUCAAAAGAUUGUGCUGCUGCUCUACAAAGCUGACGUAUUGAGCGAAGAGGCCAUACUGAAGUGGUACAGCGAAGCCCACCUUGCCAAGGGGAAGAGUGUUUUCCUCGAGCAGAUGAAAAAAUUUGUCGAGUGGCUGAAGAACGCCGAGGAAGAGUCUGAAUCGGAGGAAGAGGAGGCCGACUAAGACCUCCUUCGCCAGAUGAGCCUUUUCUUUUUCUUUUCCGCCCCCCCCCCCCAAGUAGCAGAAGGAGCAGUAGAAUGUCUUUUCCCUUCUUUCUCUUCUACCUCCUGUUACUUCUUUAUCCCCAAACACACUCGUGCACCCUUCCACCACUCGAUGACAUCUAACGGUUAUUUAAGCAAAAUAUGAACGUGCUCAGUCCUUACUUGUAACCUGGUGUCGUGGCUGACAGUGGAAGUGGAAAACUAAGGAUUCUCCCCUCUUUAUUAUUAUCUCGGUAUUAUUGUUGUAAUGCCUUCUGUAAUUUGGAUACAAAACAUUCCACGGGAUCUCGGUGGCCGCAGCUCGUACUAAUCUAAACUAGAAUUUGGUAAAAAUUCAAGUUUGCCUUUUUGCCAUGCGACUACGGGGCAGAGAAAGUGUUGAUGUGACUCAGCCGAAGUUUUUUUCCCCCCCUUUUAAUUUUUACGCUUUAUUUUGCCCCAAACAAGUUUUUGGCUCUCCUGUUUGGUCUGAAACUUCACCUUCUUUUUGGACUUUUGGGUAAACCUGUCCCACGUGUCGAGGUCAUUCUGGUCAGUCCGUCAGACGACGCGCACCCCUUGUGAGACGCCUCGCCAGAUAACUGAUAAUUAUUGGUUUCUACUUUCUUUAAUCUGAUAUAAACCAAUUUGACUUUUUUAUGAAAUAAAGAUUAUUGAAAUGCU